AUGGGAAGUGUUAUGUAUUCCACCGAUGCCAAGAAUAAGCUCGAAGACCUAUCUGGGAUUGUCUUGAAACCAGGCGAGAACCCAUACGAGGCAUUCAUCCGAGCUUGCAACAAUAAGCCUCAAGAAAUCCAGGCGUUAUAUCAUGCCCACCGCACCAAACGCAACGCUCUUCAGAAGGAAAAGUUCCUAUCUCCGGACUACAAAGAGCUCGUAAUUGAUCAAUGCCUCCUUCGCCUUGAAAAUCCAGGAAUGGAGCCGGGCUUCGUCGAUGAGCGCAACUGCUUGACAGUUUGGGCUCGUCCUCCAAUCCACGUUAUCGAGCUGGCUGCGCAGAUUCAAGCACGUCUCCAGCAGGCUUCGCCAAAAAUCUGGCUCAUGCCCACUCACAGGAUGCACUUGACGACCCUUGAAGUCGCCUUCUCAAAGACUCCUCCUGAGAUCGGGUCACUCGUCUCUACUUUACGCCCUGCCAUUCCCUCUAUUGCUUCAUAUACCCACGCCCAUCGAUCUCGUCUUGUCAAACCAAUGGUAUCAUAUGACCUCUCUGCUUUUGCUCUUUCGUUUCUCCCAGCUUCUGGAGAAAAUAUUCUUUCACCGGCUCCAGUCACACCCGAUGUGUCUUCCGGCGCUGUUAUCCAGGGAGACGACUACACCUAUCACCAUCUCCGACAAGACAUAUUUGACAAGGUCAAGGAUGCAGGCGUCGAGGUCGGAUCUCGAUACCAGGUUCCCAGUGCUCAUAUCACACUGGGCAGAUACCUGACAGACGAAGAGCAUGAUACUCCUGGAAAGAGAGAGAAGUGGGUCAAAGCCAUCGAUGACAUCAAUAGUUGGCUGGAGAAUGAGGUGUGGGAUCAAAAGGAUGCUCAGUUUAUUGGCGAGUGGAUUGUUGGACAAGAGAAAGGACUUGAUAUCCGUAAUGGCACUUUGUGGUAUGGGCAUGGCCGCACUGUUUUGCUUGGCGAGGGCUUUUAG